AUGGGUUUUCGGGAUCGCACGCAUCCUGAUUAUGUUUGCCUAUUACGUAAGUCUCUCUAUGGGCUUAAGCAGGCUCCCCGUGCUUGGUAUAGACGAUUUGUAGAUUUUGUGUUUUUCAUUGGCUUUUCUAACAGCAGGUGUGAUAAUUCUUUGUUCAUCUACCAUACGGGGACUAAAAUGGCAUACAUUUUACUAUAUGUUGAUGAUAUUAUACUCACUGCAUCCUCAGACGCUCUCCGUCGUUCCAUCAUGGAUAGGCUUGGUUCCGAAUUUGCUAUGAAGGAUUUAGGUCUUUUGAAUUAUUUUCUUAGCAUUGCUGUGACCCGUCACAAGGGGGGCAUGUUCCUCUCUCAACGUAAGUAUGCCGAGGAAAUCAUUGAUCACGUGGGUAUGUCAUCUUGCAAGCCCUCUCUCACUCCGGUUGACACAAAACCGAAGGUCAGUGCUACUUCGGGUGCUGCUUAUGAGGAUCCCACUCAUUAUCGUAGUCUCGCAGGUGCUCUUCAGUAUCUCACUUUCACGAGACCCGAUAUUUCAUAUGCUGUCCAACAGGUGUGCUUACAUAUGUAUGAUCCAAGGGAUGAUCAUAUGCAUGCUCUUAAGCGGAUUGUGCGGUAUGUUCAGGGCACUCUUGACCAUGGAUUGCAUCUCUAUCCCUCAUCGAUCACUGACCUUGUCUCCUACACCGAUGCGGAUUGGGGUGGCUGUCCGGACACUCAUCGUUCUACGUCAGGGUAUUGUGUAUUUUUGGGUGACAACUUGAUUUCUUGGUCGUCAAAGCGACAACCAACUCUUUCUCGGUCUAGCGCUGAAGCAGAGUAUCGAGGUGUGGCUAAUGUUGUCUCUGAGUCUUGCUGGAUUCAUAAUCUUUUAUUGGAACUACAUUGUACGGUUCGCAAGGCUACGUUGGUAUAUUGUGACAAUGUGAGUGCCAUAUAUCUGUUUGGUAAUCCGGUGCAACAUCAACGCACCAAACAUAUUGAGAUGGACAUUCAUUUUGUGCGUGAGAAGGUGGCGCGGGGACAAGUUCGUAUCCUUUAUGUCCCGUCCCAAUAUUAG